CCUGCAACCUUGGCAGCAGCACAGCUGGUGGAGUGUGGAGUGUUUACCUGUGUUGGUUGCUGGAAAGAAAAGUGCGAUGGCUGCUGGUUGUUGUGGUACAAAGAAACAAAAACUGAACAAUUCCGCCAGCAUUCCGUCAUGCAAUGGAUCGUCAGUCGUCCAUAACGGAAUCAGCAACGGCCUGGGAACCGUCGCUCUUCCAGAAAUGUGUUUCUUUUGUUUCGAUGUCCUCUACAGUCAUUUAUAUAACCUCGCUCCUCCGAAGAACCCGUCAUUUAGCAAUGAUGCAUAUCCCUUGUUUGUUACCUGGAAAAUCGGAAAAGACAAGAGACUUCGAGGCUGCAUCGGUACUUUUAAUGCCAUGAAUCUACAAUCAGGACUCAGAGAAUAUGCCAUAACAAGUGCUUUAAAGGACUCUAGGUUUAGCCCAAUAACUCGCGACGAAUUCCCCAAACUCAGUGUGUCAGUGUCGAUUCUCAGACAUUUCGAAGAUGGUGACGAUUACUUAGACUGGCAAGUCGGAGUUCACGGGAUUCGGAUAGAGUUCAUUAACGAAAAAGGGAACAAGAGAACUGCUACUUACUUGCCAGAAGUAGCAUCUGAACAAGGUUGGGAUCAGCUGCAAACCAUAGACUCGUUACUUCGGAAGGGGGGCUACAAAUCAGUGAUAUCAAGCGAAGUGCGCCGUACAAUAAAACUUACUCGUUAUCAAAGUGAAAAGAUAGCAGUGACUUAUCAGGAAUAUAUGAACCAUUGGAACAACCAGCGCUGCUAGCGGUUAGUGUGGGGGUGCCCCUUAGUACCACCCCCACAUCUGCAACCUCCGCAAUCUUCGUCGUACACCGCAGUGCCCACUUUCUUAAUGGUGCAGCCCCCCCUUCCGAUUCCGACCUACGGGCCCCCCGCCGUGGGGCCCCCUGCCCAUGCUACACUGCCCAUGUGGUGGGACAAUUAUCCGGGGACUUCUUAUCAGCAGGAUUUACCCGGACUGUCGCCGCCCGAAUCUCAGUAUAACGUUUAUCAUAAUUUCUUUCGUAAGCCGAACUGACCAAUCAGUUGUUAGAUCUAUCGAUGAAGAGAUCUCAUCAAACAAAAUCCUUCAAACGCUAUCACCUAUUCCCACUGAUUAACUCGCUAAAGAGCUAAAGAAUUUUGUACAUACGAGGUAAUGCCUUUUUGUGAGCUCAAAAUACAAAUUAUAUUUAAAAUAAAAAUUUAAAAAUAACGUUAACUCUUACAGAGAUGUAAGCUGGAAAUGUUGAAAUUAGAGGUAGGUAACAUCUUUCUUCCGCGUAACAGUUUGUUUCUGAGAUAUUGUAUUCAAAACGACCCAAAUCAAUUUAAUACAUCACUUAAUAUCUAACAUACAUCAGCUGUCAUCAAGCACGAAAUAAUUCAUUUAAAUUAGAAAUAAUAGUCAAAAUUUAUCAAACAUUUGGUUAUUCUAUUUGGUGCCAGUUCUUCCUGCCUUUUCUUUACUGUCGUCUCUCCAUCUUUUUUGUGCUCUUCCUAUGCCUCGUUUAUGUGUUCUUGGUCGCCACUUUAUUACCAUUUCCAGACGGACCAGACUCAGUAAAACAUAGGUUAAAAAUAAAGUAAAUAUAUUCAGGAUAUUUAUACAGGGUGUAACAAAAAUAUGGGUCAUAAAUGUCCCAAAUGGCCCAAAACAUAUUUUGGGACCAAAAAUAGUUCGAUUGAACCUAAUUUACCUUAGUACAAAUAUGCACAGAAAAAAGUUGCAGCCCUUUGAAGUUACAAAAUGAAAAUCGAUUUUUUCUAAUAUAUCGAAAACUAUUAGAGAUUUUUUAUUGAAAAUGGGCAUGUGGCAUUUUUAUGGCAGUAUCAUCUUUAAAAAAAAUUAUAGUAAAAUUUGGACUCCCCAUAAAAAUUUUAUGGGGGUUUUGUCCUUUUAAACCCCCCCAAACUUUUGUGUACGUUCCAGUUAAAUUAUUAUUGUGGUACCAUUAGUUAAGCACAAUGUUUUUAAAACUUUUUCGGCUCUUAGUACUUUUUCGAAAAGUCAGUUUUUAUCGAGAUAUUUUGAAUAUUUGUCAAAUCCACCACAUAUUUGUAUAUGGUUAAGUACGAUUAUGGAGCCUAGGUGAUAAUAUGAAAAUUUAUUUAUGAUUUACAUUUUUAGGUAUAUUUUGAACCAUAUUAAAAAAGAAGCAUUAUCGAAAAACUACAAAGAGGCAAAAAAGUUUUGAAAACACUGUGUUUACCUAAUGGUACCGCAGAAAUAGUUUAAUUGGAACGUACACAAACAUUUGGAGGGUUUAAAAGAACAAAUCCCCCAUAAAAUUUUGAUGUAAACAUAUUCAAAAAGAAGUCGCAACUCGAUAAAAACUGCCUUAUCGAAAAAAUACUAAGAUGCAAAAAGUUUUAAAAAUAUUGAAUUUAACUAAUGGUACCACCAUAAUAAUUUAAUUGGAACGUACACAAAAGUUUGAGGGUAUUAAAGGGAACAAAACCCCCAUAAAAUUUUUAUGGGGUUCACAAAUUACACUAUAAUUUUUCUUUAAGAUGCUCCUGCCAUAAGAAUGCCACCUGUCCAUUUUCAAUAAAAAAUCUCUAAUAGUUUUCGAUAGAUUCGAAUAAAUCGAUUUUCAUUUUGUUACUUCAAAGGGCUGUAACUUUUUUUUAUGUGCAAAGGACACCGCACACAUCUUAUGGAAAAUAUAAUGUCACUCAAAUUCAAUAAAAUGUAUACGAAUAGACUCGUUUUAAAUGAACGGUCAAUUCUUAUCAUUGCGCCAACUCUUAAUUAUGAUUAAUUACGGCGCAAAUUGCAAUUAAAGUUUAUCGAAAUCACAUUUUUGGAGUCCAUAAACGUGUCAGUUAUAAUCACUAUUGCUCUGGGUGCUAUUCAAAACAAUCUAAACCCCGCUGGGCCUAAGCGGAUUAGUGAAACUAUUAUAAUAAGUUGCUUAAUAGCCCGAGAAGAUUUAUGAAGUACCGAUAAUUUGGGUAUUUUAAAAUAUUUUUUCUCUCUUAUGUACCUACCCAUUUGAUUUCAGAUUGAUUUAUAUCAAUUUCUGCUCUUAUUAUUAAAAAUUAAGAGUUGGCGCAAUGAUAAGAAUAAACCGUUAAUUUGAAACGAAUCUAUUCAUAUAAAUUUUAUUGAAUUUGAGCGACAUUAUAUUUUCCAUAAGAUGUGUGCGGUGUCCUUUGUACUAAGGUAAGUUAGGUUCAUUCGAACUAUUUUUGGCCCCAGAAUAUGUGAAUUACUUUAUGACCUGUAUUUUUGUUACACCCUGUAUACAGUUCAAAAUUAAAAAUAACAAAAUAUAAUGUAAUUCUCUUUUCGUCCCGUUACGGAGAAAACUCGCUCGAUGGGUGUCUGCAAAAAAAAUAAAGUUAUAUUUAUUAUUAUCAAAAGAAAAUAUCUCUACACUUCACUCCAGUGUAAGGCACAAACAAUCAAAAUACUAAUAAUUACACGGACAUCCAUAUAACUCCGAUCGGAGCUGCCGUAGCUGUUCACUCCAAUGCUACACGGCGUCCGUUCUAAUACGAGCGACGGAUUUCUUUAAUGCGGAGUUCCACCACUUAGGUUGGCCUGCCUGUUCACUACACUAGCUGCCAGGGAGUCCAGAGGUUGCCAGAUGAAAUUUCUGGAUCUCUCUAGACGGGAGCUUCAAAUUCCCCUAGAAAUCCGUAGGUCAGUUCCCAAGCACAGAACAAAAAAUUGUUUGCUAUUCCGUGUGUGAGAACAAAAAAAGAAGCAAUUGUUAUUUGUCAGCUGUCAAUUUAAUAUUAUAUGACGUCAUUCUUCUUUUUCUUCUUUUUUGGGGCUAUGUCAUUGACAAUUUACCCAGUUAAAUCAGGAAUAAGAAGUUGUCAGCUGUCAAAUAACCUCUAUCUUCUUCUUAUUCAUUUUUUGGACUGUCCUUGACAAUUUACCCAGUGAUGUACCUAUGAAAGGAAGAAAACUGUAUCGUUAAAUCUGAAUUCUACAUCUUUAAUCACUGUGUGCUAGGUGGCGCCAGCAAGAAAUAUAAAAAUUAUGCCAAACUUUAAAAAUCCCUAGAUUUCAAAGAUAAAUCAAGAAAAAUCCCUUCACUGACGCUCGAAAAAGCCCUAGAUUCGGGGAAAAUCCCUAGACAUGGCAAGCCUGCCGUUCGGUAGUCUCCUUAAGUACGCUCUCGGCCGCCCUGCCUCGAAUGCUUCGGAGAAGUGGAAAUGAGUGGGGUAUCGGGUUACGCGGAUGCCGGAGCGCCAACGGUUCUCUACUGCCGAUGUCGUGCUGAAGGCACAUCAUUACUGCCUUUGACAGAAAUGUCAUGUGUGAUAAAAUUUCAGUUUCUCAAUCUUUGAAACCUCUAUUCAACAUUACCAACUUACCAAGCUAUAUAUGCCUUACGCAUUCUUCUCCCACAUUACCCAGUUUGUACCUGAAUGUAGAUAUUGAGCUUUCCUAUUUAACUAUUUAAAAUGAGAAUCCACAAACAGGCAUUACUUUUUUCCAGUCUAUUAAUAGUUUUGUUUGAAAUUGAUGACAUGCAGGUUGUUAUAGGUAAGUGAAAACGAAAAGUAACAAUUUUGAGAAAAUUAUCUUUAUGGAUACAUUUUACGCAAUGCUGAAACUUUUGCUUUGCUUAUAUCUUGCAGCUGCUUGGAAAUGAAUUGACGGGUUUUGUUUUUUGAAAUUUGGACCUAGCUAUGUUACUCGAACAGUUUUUGAUUGUUAUAUAAUUAUGUGGUUGUACAGCCGGUUCCUAAAAAAACUGAUACGACUCUUAGUAAGAUUUGAUCAUGUUGAGCAGUGUAUUUGAUUGAUCUGACAUUAUAUUUAUUAUGACAGACAAAUAAUAAAAUAAACAAACAACAAACAACUGAUUACAUAUUAUGUUAAUUCAUAAAUUGUACUAAUUAUUAAGGUCUAAAUGUUUAUAUUAUUUUGAAUUCCUAUAUUUUAUAAAGAGUAUAUAAAUGAUAGUUUUUACAUCAAAUAGAUCACAUAAUUAUUGUAAACGUGGAUUAUACAACACAACAAAUUAAUAUUCAAUUCAGCCCUGUAACUUAUUAAAAUAAAUAUUAUAGAAGUUUUCAGGGACUUUCAGCCCUCGAUAAUAAUGUAGUCUUUCAUUUUGAGUUUAAAUUUUUCAAAAAUAUUUAUUAGUUUUCUCAGGAUUCGAAAAAAAAAUGAAUACAAUGAAAAUACAUUGAGAAUUGUGACAUGCGUCACAAUUUUGCAUUAACUCAAUGUAAAAUUCUAAACUGUUGAAUUACAGCUUCCCUAAUUAUUUGACAUCAAAUGACAUUAGACACUAUUUGUAGAGGAUUGAAAUCUGUAUUGAAAACAACUGUUAAAAUUGGUCUACGUAAUUAAACAUAUAUUCCAAAAUUUUGUAAAAAUGUAAUACAUUUCAGUUUUCAGCCCAAACUUAGGCCACACACAAUGCAAUAUGUUCACAACUGUCAAUAUUUUUAUUUUAUCAUCUAUUGUUUAAAAACAAUACAGUUGAUAAGAUACCCUCAGUUGCGGAGAAAGUAUUAAUAAUAAAGAUUAAUAAUAAAGUCUAACAACCGUGGAACAGAAUAAUCUAUCUGACAAAUUUUAAGAUUUGGCAGUGACAUUGACAGUAUGUAAAUAUUAAGUAUUUAUCCUUCAAAAUACACUGCUCAAUUUUCUACAAAAUACGCUUCAAGAGUCGUAUCAGUUUUUUUUGGAACCAGGUGUACAUUUCAAUUUUUUAAUCACUUCGAAUGUUUAAGAGCCAUAUACUGAUAAUACUUAUAAGUAUUAACUAAAAGUGAAUACUAACAAAUUUUAUAUCUAUAUCUUUUUUAUCAUUUAAUAUUAGACUUAUUCGCGGUUCCAUGCCCCGAACGUUGAACGUACUCAGAGGGAGAACGCCUGCGCAUUAGCUGUUCAGAGGGAAAAAUUCGACCUUCUCGAAUUCCCAAUUUUGUAAUGCGCAGGCGUUCUCCCUCUGAGGAUGUGCUCCACGAAUAGACCAAUUUUUUUCUUUAUACCAACUCAUUUUCAAACAUAAAAAUACCUGUAUUAUCAUUGGUCGUCCAGACAAUAAGAACGUUUUGGCAUAAAACAUUAAAAAAACAAAACACAUACAUUUUUUUAUUAACCCCACUUUUAUUACAAUCUAUCUAUACAACCUCAACCUAAAUGUUUAGGUAGAUAAUAGACAAUAAGUAAUAGGACUCAUAAUUGUAGUGUUACUACAUGCAGGGAGGCGUCCUUCUUGAAAUUAUUGUCGGAGUAUAGUGCCAGCAAAGAAUAUAUACUCUCCUAGAAGAAGAGUUUGAAUGGAACAGAUGGUCACGUUUAUUUGUCCCUUGAAAAUACCGUAGUCGUUGUCAGGCCACAGGCACCUACUCAGUAGGAACACAAGAUCCUAUGCUGAAACGUUACAGGGCAGUACCUUUCUAUUAACGUCUAUAUUCUUUGGUGUCAGCUUUUCAGAAACCUUGGAAACCACUGGAAGAAAACUGUGUCAGAAAUUGGAAACCUUUCUCUGGGAGUUGCUGAAGAGUUUUUCCAGUAAUAAGGUCGUAUCCUGGAGCCUUUUUGCAUCGUUGCUAUGUGUUAUUGAUGCGAAAGGUAGAGAUUACUGUUGCGCAUGAAGUCGCAGUAGUCGAAUCGUUUUUUUAUUUUCUAGACGACCAAAAGUGUAUUUUGAAUUUAAUUUACGACGUAUAUGGCUGAUCCAAUAUUUGUUCAUCGAUUGGUCGUAAUUUUUGUUAUGUUAUAUUGUAGAAGUGGUAGAUUUUGUUGACAAUUUUCUAUACUUGCCUAUUACCACAAGAACCAGCACCAAAGGUUUUACAUUCGGUAAAAUUCUACAGAAAAAUACAUCACAAAAAAAAAAAAGAACAAAAGAGUCAUGGGUUGAGUAACCUAUGAAAUCUAAACCUUUGGUUGGAUUGUCAAUGACAUUUUGAAUUGCAAAUAAAUCAAAUAAUAUUUAAUUGAAUAGAAAAAUCCAAAACUAAAAUUUUCUUACCAAAUUUACCCAGUGUAAAAUCUUAAGAGCGUUUUUAAUGUUAUAUAAGUAUCUCACGAUUGUAGUCAUCAGUUAAGCAAUGAUAAAACAGGCUGUGCUUUUUGAAUGAGCUGAUAGUCAGCUCACUGAAGCUAUGAGCAAGAUAGACACAACAAAUCAUUGACCAAAAAGAGAAGACAAAAUGCUUGAAGUUAUACAAUCAUUAACAUUAGUAAUGCGUUAUGCUGACAUUUUUGUAAUGAAGUUAGCUCCAGAUCUACUCUGAAUAAAGUGUUCUUAUUACCAUUUCAAUUAAAUUAUAAGGUUGUACGAGAGAAAACAGACGCUUAUUAGUUAUAGAGCGAAAAUCAACUAAUAAUUAACAAUAAUUAUCUUGCAUAAAUAUUGUAAGACUGUUCUAACCUCAAAUCAAUGACAGCAUGACAUUAGACUGAAGUGACGUAUAUACCAUUCCAGGGUGACGUCAUUUAAAAGCCGCUGAGGGACAAACAUCAUUUGUAAACAAAGUACAUUUAAUGCAGAAAACCAUUGUUUAAUUUAAGAAUAUCGUUAAAAUGCAAGCGUUUUCAGUUUUAAAGUGUUUCAGGAUAGGUGAAAGAAAUAAAGUGAAUUUUUUAGAACACUUGUCACACUUAAAGAACGAGGAGAGUUGUGGGUUAAGAAUACCAAUUUUCUAAUUAUACCGGUUUUUACAGCCCCUUUGAAAAUGUCAUAAUAUCCAAUAUUUGACAUUUUUGCGGUUAAAACCCACAGUUUCUUAAUAAUAAAACGAGAAAAAAGCAAAAAGUACACUGAAAACACAAGGUUUGCCCCUCAGUGACGCUGUCAAAGUCACGUGACCUGGCAUGGUCUAUACUUUAUAUAACUUAUAAACUUUUUUUGACAGUUCAAAAAGCAUAGCCAACUUUAUGUCUCGAAAAAAUAAUUGGAAUUUGCGGAUGUGAUUUGUAAAAGGCGGAACUGCUAAAGUGCUUUUUCGUUGAAACCAAUGAAAAAGCGGUUCGGAGUUGUGUUUGUGCAUUAUAUUUGUCUUAAGCGGGUGUUUUUUACGAUAUAAUAUAAUAGUUUUAUACUUUCUAAUUUUCAAAUUGUUAUAUUAAAAAUGUAAUUUGUAGGAUUUGGUUCUAUGUUAAAAUGAGCCUUUUGUUUUUGUAAAAUUAGUGUUCACUGGAAAGGUUUUCGUUUAUUUAAAUCGUUUUUAAGUUAAGAUACAAAAUAUUUAAAUACACAUAAAAAAUGUCUAAGGAACUCAAAAAGUUUUUUCAACAAAAAUUUUGUUUUUGUUUAUAAAUUCGCAAAGUAUGUUUGUUCGUUUGUUCGUGCUUCGCCGUCCCUGCAAAAGCUGGAGCAGAUCUACCGAUGGAUUCUUAUGUAGUUUUGUCUCCUGAAACCAAAUCUGAAAACUGCAUUUCGAUAUUUUGAUAUCUCAAACCAUUUUCGAGAUAACCGACCUCAAAGUCAACUUGCAUCUCGGUCUUUUAGUAAUUUUAGAUAGCGAGAUAAUUCUACAAUGGAGACACUGCUAAAAACGCAUUACACCUAAUCUACGUAAAAAUGCAAAUGAACAUUUCAUAUUAUUUCAAACUAUCGCCUGAUUUCGGCUGACAUUCGGCUAUAAACGCUUGUGAUCAAGACCGUAAAUUGCUGUCCCGAGAUACAAAUAUAGGGCAUUAAAACAUGCUGUCAAAAUUAAAUCAAUAUGGCGGCUGGGAGGGAAACAUAAUUGUUAUUCUGUUAGUUCUUAAUGCGUUUUAAAUCAAUUUAGUUACGUUAUUUUGUAAUUUUGUUUUGUAUAAGGAUUAAUUUAAUAUUUUCACUGGAAUAAUUAAUUUAAAAAGAAUAAAAGAAUAUGCCUCAUUUCCGUUGUGUAUUAAAGUGUGAAAUGCGAAGUAAUAAAGCGUGAUAAAGUUUAAUUUUAUCGGUUACCAUCAGUGCUAAAAUUUAAGCAUAAAACUGAACUAAAUAAGUUAUCAUCUGAGAGACAAAAACAAUGGUUAAAUGCUAUAAAAUGUCCUAUAAAAAUGCUAAAUAACUAAAAAUGUCCAUGUUACUUACGCUUGAUAAACUGUCUGCACUGUAGGUUAACCUUGAGGGAAAAUGAAUCUAUAUUAUUUAUUUUACCUACUAGCAACAUCAGAUUCUGCUAUAGAUUCUGUAUUGUGUACCAACAACUUUCGAAUACAUUCACUGAUGUUUAUUUAUUCACUGCUAAGUCGUUUAAGUACUUCUACAACUAAAAACUACACAAAAUCAACAACAAAAUGUUCGGAAAAUACAACUAAAAAACUAUUAAAGGUAAAAAACAUAAGAAACACAAUGUGGUACAAAUAUAAAUAAAUACAAUGCCUCCCAGCAGUGUCAUAAACGUCAAAGUCUUGGAAUGCCAUAUUGAAAAAUAUGGAAUAACAGUGGUGUUCCUUAGACAUUUUUGAUGAGUUACAUUUUGAUGAUGAUAUAUCACCACUACAUUACCAGUUCGUCUGGCUAUAGGCUAUUGAUUAUAUCGCCUGGUGAGAACAAUAGUGACGAAACUUUAAAAUGAACAUUUAGAGAUAAUCGUAUUUGAAGUUUUGAUGAAACUGCUAAACAGUAUAACUGACUUACAGGUAAUCAUUUUGCAAAAUUUUUCUAAUAAUGUGCUUUCUAGAUAUGUAAACCAAUUAGUAGAAGUAAUUUUAUUUGAAGAAAAGAUGGAUAUUAUAUUUAUUUUUGAUUUUUUUUCUGCGUUACGCCAUUAUUGCAUUAUCGAAGAUGUUUAAUUUGAUGUUUCGCCACUAUACUUUAAUACUAAUACUACAACAGUUUAGUUUCUGUUUUAAAUAAUUAAAAAAAUUACUUUUAAAAAUAAAUUAAACGCAUCAAAUAAAAUAUUUUAUUGUACACACCAGUUAUGCGCAAAAUGAAACUAAAUUACAAUAGAAAAAUAACAAAAUAAGAUCUUAAGUAAUAAUUAUGAAAACGAUAAACAUGAUAAAAGAUAAAAAGUAAGCAAAAGAACUAUGAAUAGUAAAAUUAAAUUCAUCAUUUUACUCACGUAUGUUUCGUAUUUCAAACUACUAAAGAAAUGAUUGUGAGUAGAAGGAAUUGAUUUAUUUUGUAAGACUUCUUUUUAGAAAUGAAUAUUGGUUCUAGAUAGUGUGGAAUUAAACAAUACUGAUCCAAAGUGGAUAGACGCUUUCUUGAUUUGCUAUUUCUAAGUACCUAAGAACGAUUGAAACUGAGUUUCUCUGUAAGAAGUUUUAUAAAAAAAACACAAAAGCAAAAAUGACCACACAGACAAAAGUGCUCAUUCGCCACUAUUGCACAUUGUACUACUAUCUUUAAUAAAAUAUCUAAUAUUUCAAAUACAUGUAGGCACGGCGUAAUUACAGAUUCGCCAGUAUUGAUAUAAAGUUUGGUGUGCUUUCGUCGUUAAUGCAUCAAAAUAUUUGACAAAUUCACAAUACCAUAAAGACUUGUAGGCGCCCUCUAGUAAUAAGGAAAUUAAAUAAUUGUUAGCCGAUAUUGCACAUAAAAGUGGGCAUAUUUAGAUGUCGAUUGAUGGACUUAACUCAAAAACGUUAAUUUUCGAGUUUCGCCACUAUUGUUCUCACUAGGCGAUAUUCAAAAUAAGAUAACUAAAAGGAACUACAACGUUAACGGGGUUUUAUUAUUUCAUAUGGUCAAUGGACAUCUAUAUAUGAAAAAACCGCGGAGUGCUACCAUUUAAAGGGGUGCGUUUUUGAGAAAUGGGUGAAUUAGUCCCUGGGCACAGGUUACAUUAGGGUGAGUUCUAUGCACUUUUGGUACAAACAUAUCUACAUAAAAAUUGUUCCUGGUUAAAUUUUCUAUCUAAAUAUCACUUUUUAAAGUCAAUGAUACUUUUUUUUACAAAAAUAUAUUCAAAAGAAAAAGCACAAAGAAACCCAAAAGAAAGAAAUUUUGUUUUUUGUCCCGUAACUUUUGUCCACGAGGAUAUAGGUAUAGACAUUACUUAACAGAAAAAAAACUUACAUAUUUUCUUUUUAAAAUAAUGUUUGGUAGAGGUAAUUCGGAUUUACAGUUUUCGAAAUAUGAUUUUUCAAAUUUCUCCACUCACAGCAAUUUUGGGCAAUUUUCCUUGUUAUUUCGCAAAUAUUGUUAAAAUGGUCUACUGUAUAACGUUGUACGACUUUUUUAAAGAGAUUAUGGUUUAAAGUUUUUAUACUUUUAACGAUUUCUUAUAAUAUAAUAUAAAAAUAAAAUAAUAUUAUUAUUAUAUAUUAUAUUAUAUAUUAUAUAAUAUUACAUUAUACAUAGUAUAUAAUAUAAUAUUAUAUUAUAUAUUAUAUAAUACCUAAUAUAAAAAAAUAUUAUUUUUUACAUUUUUUACGAUUAUUUUUGAAAUUUCUCAUUAUAACUUUUUUGCUUUUACAUUUAGGUAUAUAAUAUAUUAUAUAAUAAAAAAAGCUUAUUUUGUUUACUUUAAAAUAGUGUAUUACAAAAAUACUAGGAUUAUUUUUGAAUAAGAUAUUAUUUUUCAAAAUGUAAUAAGUACCUGCAACGAUUUUUGAUUUUAGGAUUAUUUUUUAAAUUUCUCAUUAUAACUUUUUUUUCUUGUACAUGAAUAUACUAUAUAUUGCUUAAUAACGAGGGCUUACUUUCUGUUCUUUAAAAUGGUAUAUCAUCUAUAUUUAAAUAAUGUAAACCGAGUGAUUCUUUGAUAUUUUUUUACCUGUAUUAUUUAAAAUUAUUUUUUUUACAAAAAUUACAUAAACAUUAGUCUUAGAAAACAUCAUUUUAGUUAAAAUUAUUUAAACGUUGACAUUUAAAAAAUUUUCAAAAUCAAAGUCCAUCUGUUCGUUAGCAUUAGCUUCAAUAUCUUCCUCUGACACCUCAGUUAUCUUAGAGUUCCCACGAUUAUUUAGUACCCUUGCACAUGCACCCUUGGCAGAAUAUUGAACAACUACUUCCUAUCUUCCUACAACCGCAGUUUGUUGUACAUCCUUUGGUACAUUUACAUGCUAUUUUUUCAAGCAAAGCUUAUGGUGCAGGAGCUUUGACAGUAAAUAUUGGAAUUAAUCCAUAUUUUGAAGUUUUCCCGGUCGAGUCAAGUGGAUCCAAAGUAUUACCUAUAAAAAAUAAGAUUCAAUCAUAACACACAAUCACAUAAAAAAGUUAUAAUGAGAAAUUUAAAAAUAAUCAUAAUCCUAAAAUCAAAAAUCGUUGCAAGUAUAUACUUAUUACAUUUCGAGAAAGCAUAUCUUAUUCAAAAAUAAUCCUAGAAUUUUUAUAAUACAGUCGAACCCGCUUAUUGGAAUAGCCGCCGUGCCAAGGAAAAGUAUUCCUAUAACAAGGAUGUUCUAAUAACCGAUCAUAUAAGCCUAGCAAAAAACGUUUUGGGACCUCAAAUUUCUAUUCCUUAAACCUGGAUAUUCCUUUAACCGGUAUUCUAAUAAGCGGGUUCGACUGUACACCAUUUUAAAGUAAACAGAAUAAGCUUUCUUUUUUAUUAUAUAAUAAAUACCUAAAUGUAGAAAAAAAAAAGUUAUAAUCGGAAAUUUAAAAAAUAAUCGUAAAAAAUAUAAAAACUCGUUAAAAGUAUAAAAUAUUGAAAAAGAUAACCUCUUUAAAAGAAGUCGUACAACAUUAUACAGUAGAACAUUUUAAAGGUAAUUGAUUUCUACCCCUCUUACAUGUACCAUUGCAUAUGCCUAAAGUUACGUAGAAAAAGUUACAGAACAAUAUUUGCGAAAUAACAAGGAAAAUUGCCCAAAAUUGCUGUGAGUGGCGAAUUUUGAAAAAUCAUAUUUUGAAAACUGUAAAUCCUAAUGGCCUUUACCAAACAUCAUUUUAAAGAGAAAAUAUGUAAGUUUUUUUUCUGUGAAGCAAUGUCUAUACCUAUAUCCCCGUGGACAAAAGUUAUGGGACAAAAAACAAAAUUUCUUUCUUUUGGGUUUCUUUGUGCUUUUUCUUUUGAAUAUAUUUUUGUAAAAAAAGUAUCUUUGACUUUCAAAAGUUAUAUUUAGAUAGUAAAUUUAACCAGGAACAAUUUUUAUGUUGACGUGUUUGUACCAAAAGUGCAUAGAACUCACCCUAAUGUAACCUGUGCCCAGGGACUAAUUCACCCAUUUCUCAAAAACGCACCCCUUUAAAUGGUAGCACUCCGCGGUUUUUUCAUAUAUAGAGAUUCAUUGACCAUAUGAAAUAAUAAAACCCCGUUAACGUUGUAGUUCCUUUGUAUAGUACAUAAUCAAUAGCCUACUAGUACCUAGCCACCGAACUAUGGCCGCCACGAUGGCUGGAAUUGCAACCAUGUAUUUGUUUCAAAAUAAUUGACUUGAAAAUAUAUUUAUACCGACCUAAAACUUUUCUAGUAAUAACUUCAUACUCAAUUUUAUUUUUGUUGAAUUUUGAAUCAAAUCCUUUAAAGUACCAAUAUAGUUUUGCAUUUGACGGCAAGAAUUUGAUGGAUUCAUUGACCGAGUAAUUGAAAAAAUAUGAAAUAAAAAUGAUAAAAUUGUUGAAAAGUAUGUAGAUUCUUGUAGAAAUACUGCAGAGAACCGAAAAUAAGUUCUUGUUAAAAUUAUCUACGUGCAUCGGAGUGACAAAUAGAAAAAGAGGCUAAGUUGUUGCUAAAAGCCAACAGAGCAUUUCGUCGGCCUAAUAUGAAAAAUGCGUAAGUCCAAAAUAUUCAAUUUUAGACUUUUGAUGACAUCUCUUAGCAUUAUCCUAAAGCUAUGUAUGGCUCUGUUUUCUUCUAAUAUGUGCAUAAGUCCAUUAGUGUUGAAAACCAUAUGAAAUCUGCACAAGUCCCGUAAGUCCGCUCUUGUUAGUGGCCAAACCGUUCAAACGUAUCGGUGCUUUUCUAAUGUUUAUACAAUAAAAAGUCUUUUACUAAAAACGUGAAUUUAAAUUGUUUAGGGACUUGCGCAAUUUUCACAUUAUAUUUAGUUGUAUACAAGUGGACUUACGUACGGUUAGUUUUUUGUCUCUCCUGUAAAAUCAGGUAUUUUGGACUUAAGCAUUUUUCACAUUAUGCCGACGAUUUGUUGUGUUGUGCUGUACUAUACUUCGCUUAAUGGUGCUUAUUAUUUUCGGUUCUUUGCAGAACUAGAUCAUAAAAUAUUAAAAAUGAGCUCACUGUGUACACACCAAAUGUGUUCAAAAGAACUACAUACCAAAAAAAGGUGAAAGCUUACUUGGUGAUAUAACUACAGGGUAACAUAUUGAUUAGUUUGUAUAGUGUGUCUCAAAAAAUCGACGUUAAAUAACAUGUUUAUUUGAUUCAGACUUUCUUUACUUCUUUCUUUCUCCCCUUCCUUUUACCCUAUUCAGAGUGUCGGAUUUGGGCUCGCUACUUAAGUUUCCAUUCACCCAUUCAUUUCUAUUUCCUGUCAUUAUUUUCAAUUCCUCGAGUGAUUUUUCUUUAACUUUUCUCGCCUCUACUACUUGCUGUAUCCAUUUUUUCUUGGUCUGCCUCUUUUUUCUUUUAUGAUGUUCUUUGCUUCGUGGAAUUUUCUUGUAAUUCUGUUGGGUUGCAUCCUCAUCAAAUGCCCAUACCAGUUAUUUAUCUCUGCUCGUUUAUUCAUUAUUGGUUAUUCAUUCUCCUAAUAGUCUCGUUGCUUAGUCUAUCCCAUUUUGUCUAUUUUUCGAGAAUUGUCCAGUUUUCACUUGCAUAGAGCACAGUCGGUAUCACUAUUGUGUUUUGGGUCUAACGCAUAGUAUAACUUGUUUUAUUUCUUUCCUCUAUUUGUUAUUUCCCGGUAUUUCUCUUUAUUUCAGUAUCUUCCUUAUCUGAUUUGCCGUUGAUGAUCAUUAUCUUACCUUUUUCUCGGUUAUUUCCAUUUUUAGUUCUUUUAUUUGCUCUACCCAUAUAUCCAUUACUUUCUGCAUAUUCUUCUCAGAAUCUGCUAUUAGUACUAUCUGUCGUCCGAGGACAUAAGGAUUCUAUUUUUACCGCUGCAAUCUAUGGUAUCCUAUUAUUGUCUCUAGUUGGUUGGUUCUUACUUUAGUGAUUCUUAUUAAUUCGUUCUCAAGCAUUCCCCUACAAUUUGUCUUUCUAUCGUGUCAAAUGCUGCUCUUAGGUCUAUGAAUGCUAAUACCAGCCCCCCCCCCAUUUCUUAAUUUUAACUUUAUUUGAUUUGUAUUUGCUACUUAUUUUUUUGCAUAGUUCAGAGAAAUUGUUAUUCAGGAAGACAGUAUGUUAGUUUUGAGGCACACUAUGUAAAGCGUUGAAGCUUUUUGGUUUGAGAAUACCCUGUAAUAUACUUCCAAAAUAUGAAGUUUUAGGCUUAGGAUUCAAAGAAUUCAUUACUUAGAAUAACGGACUUUUUGGUAACAUUGAUUUUUGUAGAAAUUAACGAGAUAUUUGUAAGAAUUUUUUAUACGUUGGAUAAGAAAUAUUAAAUUCUUACAACAAAUAUAA